AUGCCACCCAUAAAACAUUCUCUCACUGAAUAUAUCACAGUAUUAAAUGAAAAAGCCAAUAAAUCUAAUCAUUAUGCACUUUGUUGUUUUUGUAAAACUAAAUUAACAAAUACUAAAAAAUUGGUAACUUCUCAUUUAAAAAAUUAUAAAGAACAUUGGGAGAAACUUGUAUUGAAUUCUACCAUAGAUAAUGGAUUGAAAUUACCAAGCCAUAAAGUAUUAGCUGGUCAUAUUUUAACUAGUAAUUCUGAUAAAAUCAGGAAUAAUGUGAAUAGAAAUCAUUUGCAAUGGCAAAAUAUAAAAGAAUUAUCAUUGAAUUUUUUGGACAGGUUAGAUGAGCUAAAUAUCAAAUAUAAUGCUAUGAUUACUGAUUCAGCAUCACAAAAUCAAGCAGCAAGUUUAGUUGUUUCAUCUGAAAAGGCAAUUCAAAUCAUUUCUUUCUUAAACAGAUCAGUUUACUUUAUGGAAAAGUUACAUGAUGAACAAAAGUUUAAAUAUAACAAAUAUUUUGCAGUUCUCCUUCCAUGUGCUACUUGCUGGAAUUCUCAUUAUCACUGCUACUCCAGUUUGUUGAGAACCAAGUUUGCUUUAAAGAUGCUUGUUUCAAAAUAUGCUCCUAGAGAAUUUGAAGCAGAUGAUAAUUAUACAGGAAAUGAUGAGAAUGAUAGAGAAAUGCCACUUGGAAUCUGUAGAAUAAUUGCUAAUGAAGAUUGGUGGAAGGAUAUUAAAAAAUUGGAAAAGCUUUUGCUUCCAUUUUGUGGUGCACUCAACAAAUUACAAACAGAUAAUGCUUGUCUUCAUGAUGUACUACAUUGUUUUGCUUAUUUUUACAAGAUGUGGAAGGAGUACCCUGACCAAAAUUUAAGUGCAAGGAUGAUUACUUGUCUAGAAAAAUGUUGGCAAAUAUGGGAGCAACCAUCAUUAUUAUUAUCCUUCAUUCUUCAUCCUGAAUAUCAUGACAAAAUUUUCCUUCAAGAUAAUACAUCUAUUUCUAUUGCAAAACUCAGUGAAUGGAUGAUAUAUUAUUUUUGUGUAUGGUUUAAAAAAGUUCCUGAUAUUUUGUUAGGUGAAUUACAAAAUUAUCAUAGACAAAAUUUUCUUUUUCACAAUAUUUCAUUAAAAUAA